GUUAUGUAUGCGAAAGCAUGCUGGGCGGGAGCAUUACUCUGCUGUUCUUCUCACUUCCUGAACUGAAGUUCUCCAAAUAUGUGGAGGUACAAACACAGGAUAACCUAACAUUCGGGACCUUUGACACACCACGUUACCCUGUAUUGAAGUUUAAAGUGCCCGUGUAAAGCAUGCUCCUGUGGCAGUAUCUGAUAACCUUCCUGCUGGUUACUGUUCAAAUAUGCAAAGCUGAGAAAUGCGAUGAAUUUACCGAUCUGAAUCUUGGUCACUCAAUCAUUGGCACCAGCCUCAAAGUUCGGUUGUUGCUAUACACCAGAUCACAUGGCACCUGUGGUACCCUCGUGUCCCACACCGACCUGUCUGCCUACCCCCAAUUUAACCUGUUAAAUCCUACCACCUUCAUCAUUCAUGGGUAUCGGCUCACUGGAUCUCCACCGCCGUGGCUCGGCAACCUCACUCAGCUUCUGCUGGCCAGGAAAGACAUGAACGUUAUAGUGGUAGACUGGAACUACGGUGCUGCGAAUCUGAAUUAUUUGGAAGCAGUGAAGAACACACGCGAAGUAGCAUCCAACGUCACAGCUUUCAUUCAAAUGUUGCAGGAGCAAGGAGCCGAUCUGAGCUCCAUCCACCUGAUUGGUGUCAGUCUCGGAGCUCAUAUAUCAGGCUUCACGGGCGCUAACUUGAAGGGAGAAAUUGGAAGAAUAUCAGCACUGGAUCCUGCUGGACCAGAAUUCAAAGGCAGAAACCCAGAGGACCGACUGGACCCCUCAGAUGCACAGUUUGUGGAUGUCGUGCACACGGACAUGGAUCUGCUGGGUUUCAGGGAACCUUUAGGUCACAUUGAUUACUACGCCAAUGGAGGAGCGGACCAACCCGGCUGCCCAAAGACUAUUUUCUCAGGACAGUCCUAUUUUAAAUGUGACCACCAGAGAUCGGUGUACCUCUUCCUUGACUCUAUAAAUGCCACAUGUACCAGCAGGACCUACCCCUGCUCGUCCUAUAAAGACUUUCUGGAUGGGAAAUGCUUAACCUGCAGCCAAUUUGGUGAUGCUGGAUGUCCUAUUUUUGGUUAUGAUGUCAUAAAAUGGAAAGACAUCCUGCUGGAACAGAACCAAACAAAGACCUACUUCAAAACAAACGGAAAAUCUCCAUACUGCAUGACAAACUACAGGAUGGAUGUGACGAUAUGGAACAAGGAUGUACAGUGGGGAUACUUGACUGUUAAACUUCAUGGCAAUGGUAAAGAAGCACAGGCAACCAUUAACCAUAAAUCCUUAAAGUUCAAGAAGUUCACAAAGACCGAGCUGUUGGCUGCGUUUGACAAAGACAUUCAGUGGGUGGAAAAGGUGUCUGUUAAAUUCUCCACUGGGAAUGUAUUGCAGCCCAAACGUAAGCUCAGAAUUCUCCGAAUCCGUCUCGAAAACCUGGAACCUAAAGAGAAUAAAGCACAGGGGUCUCUGUGUCGGUACGACGUCCUUCUCGAGGAGAACAAAGAGGUCGCCUUCAGGCCAAUUCCCUGUGAAGAAACCAACUUCUGAGGGGGGAAAAAAAUUGCAUAACAUUUCACUGCAUCACUGCAUGUAUGCAGAGAGACUCAGCUGAUUCUACAGUUCUUCCAGAAUUGUUCAUGAAAAGACCAGGACUGCUAAAACAAAACAAAAUAUACACAGCAGAACUGUGUAAAUCAAAUAUAUUUACUGUGUAACAGUUUGUGUUCUGAUAUGCCAUGUGAUGUGCGAGGUUUUAAGUGUAACGUGUGUGUGUUUAAGAAGAUCUAAAAA